CAACAGUCACUUUGCUGAAGCAGUUUGCCCAUAUCAGUCUUUUGUGAUGAACUGAUAGGUCGUUUGCAGGAUAAAAUUUUUAGAUGGUCACUCAGUGAUAGGAUACAUAGAAUAUUUGGUGUCAGUAAUCCUCAUAUUGCUCUUUGACGAUGCCCCGCACGAUGUGUUUGAGGGUUAUUGACACCAUAUGUUUCCAUAUCCUAUAGAAUAAUAUCUGCUGUUAGUUCUAGUCAGAAACUUAUGACUAAAACUACGGAUGACUGAAGCCAGUUUCAAUACCCCGCACAAGAGUGCACGUACUUGACACCUCAGCCUCAGAGACUCUUUCACUCUGUAGGAGCGGGACAAGUCUGUGUCCGUUCCUCAGCCAAGGCCUGCUUACUGUUUGUCCGUCUACAUAACAAUGGGCCUGCUGUCAGAUGCUAAACCUUUCUACAUGCUAUGACUGCUGCACAUAUUUAACAGAUAUGGUUGGAAAGGCAGGCAUGAAGCUGAGAAGUCGAUAGAGUGCAUUUACUGGUAAUGCUAUGUGUUCUUUGUUAAGGGGCUUUUGGUAGGUGUAUACAUGUAAUGUUAUUAUGUGUGGGAACUGAAUUAGGACCCAGAUGAACACUCAUUGGUAUUGACUAAAGCAGGGCAUUAGAAACCAGAAGUUCAGUGGAUUCCCAUUGUGUGCUGCUUUAUUGUAAAAUACCACAUUUGAAACAGCUACUGAGGCAUAACAUGAAAUGGCCACAUUUGGGCACACAACAUUUCAUCACUUGAUGUUGCUGCCUAGUGACUACUUUUUAACCAGGAACUGGACAGACAACUCAGAUUUUCUGCAGUACCUGACAGAGCUAAGUUCUUUUGGGGUGGAAAAACUUUCCAAAGAACCUGAUCGACUGGCAGAAGAGAAGGCUCAGAUUUUAGAGGAAACCCAGGAAUUAGCAUUUCAUAACUACAAGACAUUUAUUCAAACAGCUGAAUGUUCCCGGGAAAUAUUUGAGGAUUUUCAGAUCAUUGAGAAGCAUGUGGGUGGCAUGUUGGACAAGUUGCCCAUGUUUGCAGAGGCAUGUAACAACUUCCUGAAUGCUGCCCAGGACAUCAGUGUUAGCCGGCGGAUGAACUCCUUGACACUUCAGCGCCACACCCAGCUGCUGGAGAUUCUGGAGGUUCCUCAACUGAUGGACACAUGUGUAAGGAAUGGCUACUAUGACGAGGCCCUGGAGCUGGCACAACAUGUCAGGCGCUGGGAGAAAAAAUACGCCAAUAUUCCUGUCAUUGUGAGUAUUGUAGAGGAAGUGAAGAACUCCACCCAGCUUAUGUUAAACCAGCUAAUCCAGCAGCUCCGCACCAACAUCCAGUUGCCAGCAUGUCUGCGUGUGAUCGGUUACCUGCGACGUAUGGACGUCUUUACCGAACCUGAGCUACGGAUUAAGUUUCUCCAGGCCAGAGAUGCGUGGUUCCAGGGAAUUUUGGAUGCCAUUCCUAAAGACGAUGCAUACACACACAUCACAAAGACGGUGGAGCUGAGUCGUGUACACCUGUUUGAUGUGAUCACCCAGUACCGGGCCAUCUUCUCAGACGAGGACCCUUUGCUGACCCCCACCAGUGAUGCCCCCAACGAGGCUGCUCUUUUCCAUGGAUGGGUUAUCCAGAAGGUAUCUCAGUUCCUUCAGACCCUAACAUCAGACCUGGAGCAAGGUGUAGGAGGUCGGCUAGACUCCAUCCUUGGACAGUGUAUGUAUUUUGGGCUGUCUUUCAGCAGGGUUGGGGCAGAUUUCAGAGGGCUUUUAGCUCCCAUCUUUCAGAAGGCAGCCCUGCAGUCUUUUCAGCAAGCUCUGGUGGAGGCUAAUGUGAGGUUUGAAGAGGCCAUGCAGUCAUUCAGCCUGGUGUCAGCUACCAGUACAAUCAGUGGUAUCAGCUAUAGCUCCAGUACACAGGGAGGACAGCUGUACCCACCCACUGUCCUGUUAGACUUUCAACCUCUGGCAGCCUACUGUAACCACAUCCUAACUGCCUUCAAUGAGUUACGACUCUGUGCUCCCAUCUCAUUGGCUAUUGACGUUGCCAUGGCAUUACAGUCCUCUCUUCUCCAGGUGAAUAAGGUCAUUUUAGCCUUUCACAGGGCUGAGGAGUCUGCCUUUGACAAGGUAGAGCGGGAGCAGUUUGAGAGGUUCUGUGAGGUCUACGCUAAGCAGUUGCUACCCUACCUCAUCAAGGCAUUGCACACGCUAUUCCCCCAGAGCCAGCUUUGCCAGAUCUUGGGUAUAAGUCAAGCAGACCUGGCUAAAAUGAACAACAUGGGCUCUAUUGACAAGAAUUCUGUGCUGGGUCCUAUAGAACAUCUUGUACCAGCCAACCCUGAACCUGUGGAGAUGUCAGACAACUUAUCAGCAUUUGCCUUGUCAGGGACACAGGAAACCCCUCACCCAGAGGACAAGCCAGCUGAGGUACAGGUGGGUGUGUCUCCUGCACUGUCUGGCCAAUCAGAAGAAUCUGUCCAAAGAGAUGUUACAACAGCUUCUUUUCCUUCAAACCAGGAAGGUUCCUCCAAGGGAGAUCACUCAGAAGAACACCUACAAAGAACAGCUCCAGCCAGUGUAACAGCGUCAUUAUCAGAGUCUGUGAAUCCUCAAGCAGUUGCUGUCAGUAUGGACAGUGAACCACAGACACCAGAGGUCAAACCAUCAGCUGUUCCUAUGCUAACAGUAGAUAUACCUGCAGGGGAGAAGAAACAAGACUAACUCACUGUGAUAUCAAACCGCAUCAGGUGGAGGAGGGAUAUGCUUGAUGGUGAUACCAAAGUGGUGAGCUUCAUCGUGACAGCAAGCUUUAUCAUGUACAUACUUGAGCUGUGUGCUUUAUUAUGAAAGCAAACUUUGACAUGUAUGAGCAGUGUGCUUCAGGAAGACAGCAAACUCUGACAUAUGAGCAGUGUGCUUC